CUUUUUGUGUUGACUGAGGAGGAUUAACAGGUGCCCUGUGCUUGUUUAGUGAGUGUCAUAAGAUGUAUAGAGCGCUCAGUCAUUUCCUGGUGUGUCAUCGUUACAGUUAAUUACAUCUGCGUGUCAACAGUGUGUCAAGACACUGUAUGAGUCUUUGUCUACUAUAUCUGUUGGUAUUAAGUAGGGAGAACUUGAAAACAUACGAGAAGUUUGAACUUUAUGGUAAACAGGUAGAGUACCUACUGUUGGAGGCUUAUUUUCUGAAUCGGUUUCAGACAUUGAAGGACUUUAAUGAAACUUAAACGGUUCAACAAAAGAUGCUCUAAUGGAUGACAGCAAAACUCCUACAUAUAAUCUGCAGAUAGAACCACAAGUUGGAUGUCAUCCUGGUGAUGGCGUAGAAAGUACUGUAACAUGCUUGCCCUCUGCAUCAGAUGAAAAUGAAAAUCAACUUGAUGGUGAUGGGCAUGAGCUUCUGACCAGCAGUGACAGUGCAAUGGGCAAACCUGAAGUGUUUGAGCCGGACAGUCUCAACAAUAAUGAAAGCUGCACAUCAAGCUGUGAGGUGGCUGCAGGUGAGAACUUGGAAAACGCUGCUUGUGAAGGCCCCAAAGAUGGACAGGCCUUCUUGAGAAAGGACCAAAAAAUACCUGGAAAAAGUUCAAGAAGCAAAAAAGGCACUGUUAAGAAGAUACCACAAGGACUUUCUUCAGGAGAUACCACACCCUUUAUGCAAGAAAAUAUAUUACAUGCAGCCAUACAUGCUGUUAGUGAUGAAGAGUCUGCAGAAGUAAAUGCUAAUGAUCAACUAGAAGCCCCGAAGCUGGUUCUGCAAUCUCUGUUCUCACUUAUACGGGGUGAAGUUGAGCAGUUGGAUUCAAGAGCACUUCCCCUUUGCCUUCAUCAGAUAGCAGAGUCCUAUUUCCAGGAGGAGGACUAUGAGAAAGCAAUGAAAUUCAUUCAGCUCGAACGACUGUAUCAUGAGCAAUUGCUCGCAAAUCUUUCUGCCAUUCAGGAACAGUGGGAAACAAAAUGGAAAACUGUACAACCACAUACAGUUACAUCUUUGAGGAACUCAGAAAAAGGAUUUAAUGGUGAGGAUUUUGAACGGCUUGCUAAAUUUUGCACAACACAUCAAGAUCCUCUUUUAUCCAAACAUAAGAUAGCAGCUGUACAGAAGCCCCUGGGAGGGAAAUGCUUUACGCAGUUAAUAGUAUCUGAAGAUCCAAAGGAAAGAGGAGCUACAGCCAAAGAGCCGGAGAGUGAAACUUGUCUUGGCAUGGAAUCAGGAAAAGAAAGCCAACAUAAAAGAGAGACCUGCGAGAGCAGUCCCUGCUGUAAUCAAAUGGACAGGCAGGCAGAUCCCCUGAGCCUUCCGGUAACUGCAGGGAAGGGCCACACGGAGGAGCCGCUCUGCAGCGCUGAAGCCACACUGGAGCUCCACGCCCUGCCCUUGGAGUCGGCAGGGAGCAGGUCUGGGCUACUCUCUUCAGGGAAUGCUUGUGAGGAUGACAGCCGCUUGCAGCUGACUCAGUCAGAGGCCAGCCAAGAUGUGGCCGAAAUAGAGGGCAUUGCUAAAGACCCUAAGGUUUCCAGCGAGUCAGUGAUAGAGCCAUUGAUUUUACCAGGCUCUGAUCAUAUACCUCCUGCGUUGAUUUCUGAGGGUAAAUACUCACAGACGCAAAGAAAGGAACUCCAGUUGCUACUUGAGGAUGCUUCUGAGGCGUUGCCCACAGACCAACUUGAGAACAAUGAAUUAAAUGAGCUGCAGCAACCUGAUCUUACAGACAGUGAUGGAAAAUCACCACAGGGGCAGACUGACUCAGAGGGCUCUGAGAGUGUACUUUGUGAAAAUAAUCAAGUAUCUGAUUUAAGUACAGUGCUUCCAGAAGUGUAUAUGGCCCCAGAGGAACAGGGAGAUAAACACGAACAAGUCAGUAAGGAAACAGAAGACUAUUUGAACAGCCUUUUAGAAGAAUGCUUAAAAGAUACUGAAGAUUCCCUUUCAUAUGAAGAUAACCAAGAGGAAGACCCUGAUCUCCUUCAAGAUCUUUCUCCUGAAGAAGAAUCCUAUAGUCUACAGGAGAACCUGCCUUCUGAUGAAAGCUGUCUUUCUCUCGAUGAUCUUGCAAAAAGGAUAGAGAUUGCAGAGGUUGUUCAUGCUGAAGGAUUGGUCUCUAUAUUAAAGAAGAGGAAUAAUACUGUAGGAGAUCAUCCUGCCCAGAUGCAACAGAAACCAUCUAAGCGAAGAGUGAGAUUCCAAGAAAUAGACGACAGCUUAGAUCAAGAUGAAGUUGGAGGUGGUUCCUGUAUUUUACUGGUCUUGCUGUGCAUAGCGACGGUUUUCCUUAGUGUGGGAGGAACUGCAUUAUACUGCACUUUUGGUGACACCGAGUCACCUGUUUGUACAGACUUUGCAGACAACAUGGAUUUCUAUUACACUAAGUUACUGCAGGGAAUGGCAGGACUUAAACACUGGAUCUACCUCUCCUAGCAGCAUUCAAGAGGGACAGGCAUGCUGGCCGUGAGAAUCAAAGAGUGAAACUAAAUAGCUUUUAUUUCAAGAGUUCUGUAACAUGCGCCUCCCUUCCCCAGUGAGGAACCACAAACAUCAGAAACAGCAGCUUUAACUGGCAAAACAGAGGAACUCAGAAUAAUCCACAUAAUGAUACAGAUAUUGAUCUGAGCACUGUGGAUGGAAGGAAUGGUCUUUGGAGAGCAUGUCCACCUCCUCCUCGCUGUUUCCUAGUGUAAUGAGCUACAGAAUUAAACAGGGCAGUGUUGGAGCCAAACCAUUUUGGGCUACCUUGUCAGGCUAAUGGCUAAGGACACUUGUGGUUUAUAACCGUUUGUCCAAAGACAUUGCUUCCAGCCAUCACGCAAUAAGUUUGUGUGUAAUGAAAAAGAGUUACCUUACAGUUUCAAUGUCUUUUUUUAGUUCACCUUGGGAGCUAUGUAAUUUAGGCUUUGGGCACUCUCCAGAUUUCCAUUUGUGAAAUGAUUAUGUUUGUGUGUGUGUGCUUGUGUAUUUCAGACAGUUAUCAUAAGCAAAAACCCAGCGUAGAAUAACAAAGAUUAUUCUCUCAACAUGACUAUAGAUGUGCAGCCACAAAACUUUCAAGAAGGCUUAACUGUGGAACAGAUGAACAGUACAAAUCUUGGCCCUGAAUUAAGAAACUGUGACAGAUCUGUGACAGUUAACUUCAUUAACUAGCCAGAAAUUAAUCACAGGCCUAGAGGUAAAAUUAAAGAGCUCCCUCUGAGUGUCAGGCAACCAGUUUCAUCGUGGAUUCAGUGCUUCCUGAUAUAAUAAAUGCUGGAUUCAUCUCGAUUCAGUAAAUACUUAUUGAGCACCUAUUAUGUUCUGAGAAUCAAAGAACCCUUCUAUAAAGAUAAAUAAGGUAUUAAUUCCUGCUCUAGAUGUUUUAAUUCUGGCCUUAUGUAAAAUAAACUAAUACUUUGGCAAAUGAAAUUAAAUCAUCAUAUAUAAUUCAGUAUUAACAGAUCAUACAUUCAGAUGCUUGAAUCUGCAUUCAUAUCAUGGGCUUGAUAUAGACCUAAUGUGAGGUCAUUAGGCGAAAAUUCAAUCAUAUCUUAAAUAGGCAAAUGUCUGAUUUUUAUUUAAAUCUGUCAAUUUCCUUUUCUAAGGUACAGUGGUCUAACAAUUAGGAAGCCUUGCUUUGGCUUUUUAUAUCAUUGGCAGCAUUCUAAAAGAAACAAAACACAUGAACUAUAGUUUUCUGGAAAUGACUAUCAUUUCAUGUUUUUCUGUGAGGAUCAUUUGAAAGAAAAAGAGUUUUCUUUCUGGUUGUUACUGGCUGGUACAGUACCUCCCUUAGUGUUUCUGCUUAUUUAUUUAGACUUAUGAUUUUUAAAGGGCUUUUUAUAGAAGUUGAAAUUGUGUCAUUUAGCAUGCAUCUGGUUAUCCCAAUGCUAGAUAUUUAAUUACUGUAUACUUAGUGUUUUGAUUUUCUAUAAUUUCAGCUCAAUGUGGUUUUAGGCUUGUUUAUUUUUAAAUUGAUGUUUUAUUUUUACUUAUACUGUU